ACUGGUAUAUUAAUUGAAGCUCACAAGCGAUUGAUAGUAAUAAUAUUGAGCAAUAUUAAACUUAUACAACAGCAUAGUCUUGUGGAAAGUUACAGUUCUAUUCAGACAAGUCUUUUGGGGCGUUUUCAUUUGUAUUUUAUUUAAGUGAAUACUGCUCUGUUUGUUUCAAUCUAUCGAUCCAUUGACAGCACGACGUUCUAUUAAAUAGAUCAGAUCAGAUUACUAAUAAUCCUAAUAGAUCAUAAAUCUCAAUCUGAUACAGGAUUAUUUUAUAGCUGUUAGACUUGGCUCGAUAAAUCAAACUUCUAUUCACCUUUAAUACCAAAACUUUCAAGUGAUACCCUAGCGAUCUCUUGAAAAUGAGUUCUCCUAAUAGUGCCAACGAAUCCGAUGAGUUUCAAAACUCAAACUUCCAACCUCUGGCAACUUCUUUACUUCCAUUGGAUGCAGAGACUCAAUUUCAAAUGGAUACCGAUACUGAAUUGGACUUCAAAGAUCUUCGUAAUUCAAUAAUUUCAAAGCGUCGAUUAUCUGCUACAUCUUAUAAAAGAAGUGAAAUUCAAAAGCUCAAUUAUCGUAAUUCAUAUCUAUUAAAUUUACCUACCGAAAUUUUACUUCAAAUAUUUCAUCAUCUUGAUAGAAAAGAUUUAUAUUCAUUACUUACAGUUUGCAAUGAAUUUGCAGAUUUGAUAAUUGAAAUCCUUUGGUUUCGUCCAAAUAUGCAAAACGAUUCUGCUUUCAAAAAGAUACAACAUAUAAUGGAAUUGCCACCAAAUUCCACCCAUUGGAACUAUAGAUCAUUCAUCAAAAGAUUAAACCUUUCAUUUAUGACAAAAUUAGUUGAUGAUCAUUUAUUAUCACUUUUCGUUGGUUGUCCCAAAUUAGAACGUUUAACUUUGGUAAAUUGUACAAAAUUAUCACAUGGUCCUAUUACCGCUACUUUGAAAAGUUGUGAAAGGUUACAAUCUAUAGAUUUAACUGGGGUUUUAGAUAUACAUGAUGAUAUCAUACUUGCAUUGGCAGAAAAUUGUACUCGCUUACAAGGUUUAUAUGCCCCAGGAUGUGGUAAUGUGUCUGAAGCUGCUAUAGUUAAACUUUUAAACUCGUGUCAUAUGCUCAAGAGGGUUAAGUUUAAUAAUAGUACAAACAUAACAGAUGAAAGUAUUUUGGCUAUGCAUGAAAAUUGUAAGUCAUUAGUUGAAAUUGAUUUACACAAUUGCCCUAAUGUCUCCGAUAAAUAUUUGAAACUCAUAUUCCGUCACAUGUCUCAAUUAAGAGAAUUUCGAAUUAGUAAUGCUCCUAGAAUUACUGAUGAUCUUUUUGAACUUAUUCCUGAAGAUUUUUAUCUUGAAAAAUUAAGAAUCAUUGAUAUCACUGGUUGUAAUGCGAUUACUGACAAAUUGGUUGAAAGUUUAGUACAUUUUGCUCCACGAGUAAGAAAUGUUGUAUUAUCGAAAUGUAUGCAAAUAACUGACGCAUCAUUAAGAGCCUUAUCGCAAUUGGGAAGAAGUUUACAUUAUAUCCAUUUGGGUCAUUGUCUUCAUAUAACGGAUUUUGGUGUAUCUGCACUUGUUCGUUCCUGUCAUAGAAUACAAUACAUUGACUUGGCGUGCUGUACACAACUUACUGAUUGGACUUUGGUGGAACUCUCAAAUCUUCCAAAAUUAAGAAGAAUCGGUCUUGUGAAAUGUAACUUAAUAUCAGAUACAGGGAUCAUGGAAUUUGUCAGACGUCGAGGAGAACAAGAUUGUUUGGAAAGAGUGCAUCUUUCUUAUUGUGCUAAUUUGACAAUUGGUCCAAUAUAUUUACUUUUAAAGAAUUGUCCAAAACUUACACAUUUAUCUUUGACUGGGAUUGUUGCAUUUUUACGAAAUGAUAUUACUUCAUUCUGUAGAGAUCCUCCUCCGGAUUUUACAGAAGCUCAAAGAAACUCAUUCUGUGUUUUCUCUGGAGUUGGUGUCAAUCAAUUAAGAAACUUUCUCACAGAAAGUAUGGAGGAAAAUCCUGCCCAUAUUUUAGAUCAAGGUGAUAUGCAUGCUAUUUCUUUAGAGAGAAGAAGAAGAUUCCUUGCAGGAGGUAAUGACAUAGAUGAAGACGAAGGAAAUGGAUGGAUUGGGCAACGUGGUCCUCAUACCAUCUUUAAUCCUGACAUACAGCCUGAAAUUCCUGGCAAUAUUGCACCUGAAAUGAGGGAACAUUUCCAGAUUUUAAUUAGAAAUCACCAUCAGGCACGUUUACGUCGCCAACAGGAGUUACAACAACAGCAACAAGUAGUCCAACAACAAUUAAAUCACAUCCAACAACAACGGGCUCGCCAACUGCAACAGCAGCAGCAACAACAACCUCGACAACAACAGCAAGUACAUUUGCAGCAACCUAAUGCUCAAGAUGUUCGAUUCAUUCAAAAUGCACCAGAGAUUUAUCAACCAGCUGUAUUUGGUGGAGUAUUUAACGGUGAAGAUAAUGAUUUGGAUAUGGAAAGAAACGAAAGAACUGACGCGGCUUUAUUUCCACGACCUCCAUCUAUGUAGUAUUUCAAUUAUCUCCCGUUUGCUCUUUCUUCAAUUCUUCAGUUGACCUGGUGUAUCUACAUAUGCUUAAUAAAUUUUCAUAGUAUUAGUAUCUCC